UCCACUUCCGCUCAUCUGUCGCAAGCUAGCAUUCAGAUUGGACAGUGACCUUCUCCGGGUGAUCUGCAGUACUAACAGUUUAGAGAUGGCUGGAGGUGCAUUUGGAGCCUGGUGGUCAAGACUUGGCCCAUACUACACGAAGGCAUAUCAGGAGGUCUGGGUUGGCCUAGGAAUCAUGACGUACCUUUACUACAAAGUCUCCUAUGGAGGAAAGAAAGCAGUGAAGUCUAAGUCUGACCACUCGCACUGACUGGACCACCACAUGAUGUGCUCAUCCCCUGCUCCCACUGUGUAAAUCCGCCACCAGAAGAGCUUCAGUGAUACCAGGACGUUUAUCUGUUUGUGAAAUUAAUAAAUGCUCUGUUUGGAA